UCCCGAGAGGUUAGAGUGCGUUGCGCCAUGUGCGCGUGCGGUCAUAGACAAGAGGAAGGUAUCCCGGAACACAUGCGAUUAAAACAAACAAACAAACAAAAAAUAAACAAAAUGGCCGUUUGACAAGAUUUUCAAAAGUGUCAGAAGCUUCAAGAAUGAGCUUCUCAAGUUUAUUGAAUAAUUAGAGGAAAAAACGUGAGAUGCUGAAAUUCUAUCAGCUUGUCAGUGUUUUAAGCAGUCAGCGUUUGAAGGCAGCUGUUCAACCCAAAGGUUGGUGCAGGAUUGAAAGGUUUUGUGGACUUUGUGUGCAGGCCAGCAAGAUGUCUGAGGAAGAAAAUCAGAAUCACAGCAACGUGACAAAGCUGAAAAGAGCUUCAGAAAGCACCGAGGUAGAAAAUGAAGCUAAAAAGCUGAAAACAGACGAGGAGAAAAGAUUUCCAAAAAGAAAAGUUGUCCUCCUUAUGGCCUAUUCAGGCAAAGGAUACUAUGGAAUGCAGAGAAAUCCUGGAAAUUCCCAGUUUAAAACUAUCGAAGAUGAACUGGUCACUGCACUCAUCAAAGCUGGGUGUAUUCCCGAAAAUCAUGGAGAUGAUAUGAAGAAGAUGUCUUUCCAGAGAUGUGCCAGGACUGACAAGGGUGUUUCUGCGGCAGGCCAGGUCGUAUCUCUAAAGCUGUGGUUGAUCGAGAACAUUCUGGAGAAGAUCAAUACCCACCUUCCACCACAGAUUAGAGCUUUAGGUUUGAAGAGAGUCACAGGCGGCUUUAACUCCAAAAACAACUGUGAUGCCAGGACCUACUCCUACAUGCUUCCCACUAUCGCGUUCUCUCUAAAAGACUCUGACCAAGAGGACACGUCAUUCCGCUUGGACACAGAGACGCUUCAGAAGGUCAACAAGCUCUUUGCGCUCUACAAAGGGACCCAUAAUUUCCACAACUUCACAUCGCAGAAGGGCCCUCGGGACCCGAGCGCCAAGCGCUACAUCACGGAAAUGUCCUGUGGAGAACCGUUCGUCAGGCAGGGGGCGGAGUUUGCAGUGAUCACAGUCCGAGGCCAGAGCUUCAUGAUGCACCAGAUCCGGAAGAUGAUUGGAUUGGUGAUCGCUGUAGUGAAGGGAUACGCACAAGAGGAGAUCAUUGAGAGGAGCUGGGGCGAAGAGAAGGUCGACGUGCCCAAGGCUCCUGGGCUCGGCCUGGUUUUGGAGCGGGUGCACUUUGACCGGUACAACAAGCGUUUCGGGGGAGACGGUCUUCAUGAGACCCUGGAGUGGAAGCAAGAAGAGGACGCUAUAGCCGCGUUUAAGGAAGCGCACAUUUACCCGAGUAUAGUGGAGACAGAGUGUCAGGAGAAGUCUAUGGUCAGCUGGAUGAGUACACUGCCUAUUCAUGACUUUACCGCCACGAUAUCCGGAAAGCAAGAACGCAAGAGAGAAAAAAAAGAGAGAGACUGGCGAGGGAACAACUGUUUAUAUGCUGUUGUAAUGUAAGUGAUAAGUGUCCCACAGACCUUCCACACCAUUAAAUGUAACUAUAAAUGGCUAAAAAGUCCAAUUGUAGUUGUUGGCAAAGUGCUGUAGUAUAAGAUGGAACAAAACACUUCAAAACUUCAGGAAGGUAACCACUCAGCCUGUCAUUGAUUAUUUUCCUAUAACAGCAUAGGCCCUUGUGUUUUAUUCUUUACAGCUAGUUUUAAGUAAGUUUGAAUUUGAUUGUGCGAAAGUUUGCAUACCCUUAAGACAAAAGGAAUAAGCUUUGUCCCGACACAACAUUUAAUGUUAGAUUUUUACAUGUACGUUCAUUAUUAUUAUUAUUAUUAUUAAACUUUGUUUUAGAUUGUGGAUUCUCCUCAUGUUUUGGGAGACACCCAAAUUUAAUUUGUAACAUUUCUACUUUUUGCAAAUAAAUUACUAAAAAAAAAAAAAAAAAGGUGGUGACUUUCUUGCCCAGAAAUCAUCAGGGAUGUAAACGUUGUAUAACUGACCUAUAUGAAUAUGUGUGGAAUAUGUGAUAUGUGACUAAAAGUAGUGCCAAACCUUA